AGUGGGCGCCAAUUUUUCCAUUCCGAUUUGAAAGUACAUUCUUCUUUCAUGGUUGUCCUGCGAGCUUUAGAACUUGAAAACUUCAAGACAUAUCACCCCAAAGUUCGUAUAGAAACAAAAGGAGGUUUUAAUGCAGUUGUGGGUCCCAAUGGUUGUGGAAAAUCAAACUUUAUGGACGCACUUUCUUUUGCUCUGGGUUGCAGAGCGUCCUCUGUGAGAGGAAAGAAACUUGAAGACCUUAUAUCGAACAAUAUACGUGAGAAAUACUCCAAAGGAAAGAUAUUUGCAACCGUAAGGGUAAUAUUUUCGAUAGAAGAAGAAGAAGCAAUCAGUCUCGAACUAUCGGAACACGUCUCAAGAUUGAAAGACGACGAGCAAUUACUUUUGACUCUGUCACGAACCAUAACCGGAGAAGGAACUUCCGACUAUGCAAUUGCUGAAAAGAAAGUUUUGCAGCAUGAAUAUUUUGCAAUUCUUGCGAAACUUGGUUUGAGAAAUAAUGCACAAACUUUUCUCGUAUUUCAGAAUCAAAUAGAAAGCGUAGCGUUCAAAACUCCGAAAGAUUUAACCGCAAUGUUUGAAGAAUUAUCGGAUUCUAUCGACCUGAAAGCACAGUAUGAAGAAGCUCUUCAGCAAAAGCAAAGACUAGAUGAAGAGUCCGCUUUAUUCUUUCAGCAACGAAAAGCUUUGUCAUCUGAACGGAAAAGAUAUAAAGAGCAGUCUGCAGAAGCUCAGCAUUAUCGAGAACUAGAAGAAAGACUUAAUCGAGUGAAAUCUACUAAAAGCCUUUUGCAACUCUACAAAUUCAGCAUUCAGAGAACUCAAUUGGAGAACGAUUUGAAGAAAUUACAACAUGAGAUUGAAUCGAAUAAGGAAAGCUUACAAGAUACUGAAUUAAAGCUACAGCAGCAACGAACGAUAUCGGCAAAUGCUUCCAAGUCUAAGGCAGCGACUCAAAAGAAACUUGAACGUCUCUUACAAGAAGUCGAAAAUCUUCAUCUUCUCCAAACCACUAAAGAAAGUCAGAAACAAGAAAUCGAUAAGCAACUUGCAAACAAAAAGAGAAGCCAGGCCGCGCUACAAGAAAAGAUUUCUACCACAGAAUCUGAGAUUUCAAAACUUCGGGAAACUCUAGAAGAUAUUGAGCAAGCAAUACAAAUAACUGUGCAAGACAUUGCUAAUGCAAAGACCGAAUGUACCUUAUCUUUGGAGGAUUACGAAAUAUACAAGAAUCUUAAGCGUGAGGUCGCUUCUAAAACGUCUUUUUUGAAGCAGGAAUUAGAAACAUUGCAACGAAAUGAACAGUUGUUGUCCCAGCAAAAGAGAGGACUCGAACAAAAGCUAGAACAAGCGAUUUCUAAACAGGACGCAUGCAUUGCAGAAAAAGACAAAAUAGAAGAUCAAAUUAAGAGAGCUUAUAACAAACUUGAACAAAUGAGAGAAGACGCAGAAUCGAAAACUUUGGAGAAGCAGCAAAUGAUAACGCAACGAAAUGAAAUGCUUGAUCGAAGAAGGCAACUGGAACAAACGUUACGAGUUAUACAAAAUGAACUCAUCGAAUGUGGAGCUAUUUUACAUGAAAAUAAUGUUCAAACAAAGAUGGAGGAGGCAUUCACAGUAAUGAAAAGAGUUUUCCCGGGUAUUAAAGGGAAACUUCGUGACUUGGUCUAUCCUAUCCAAAGCAAAUAUCGAACCGCCUUUCAAGUAGUGUUUGGCAACUUCUUGGAUGCCGUUGUGGUUGACAACAGUCAGACCGGAGCUGAAUGUAUUUCUUACUUGAAACAGCAGCGCUUAGGCUCCAUGUUGUUCCUUCCACUUGCCGAUAUAAGGCCAAAGCCAAUACAAGAAGACCUCCGAAGACUUGGCGGCAGUUGCAAACUUUUAGCGGAUGUUUUAAACUGUCAGCCACAAUAUUUGUCUGCUAUGCGUUAUGCUGCAGGCUCCACUGUAAUAUGUGAUUCUCUUGAAGAAGCACGUCAGGUAUUCUCUAGAGUGAAACGUGAGCAAAGGAGACGUAUUAAGGUUAGUCUUGAUGGAACCGUAAUUAACAAGUCUGGCUUUAUCACUGGAGGAUACUUUGAUGCUGAAGAAGCUGACAAAAGCACUCAACGUCAGAGGAUAGAAGAAUUGCGAACGCAACAAGGAGCCAUUCUUGACGAACUCUCCCAUCUUACAACUGCAAACAUAUCUAGACUUGACGAUAAAAUAGAAAAGAUAGCAAACGACAUAAGUAAUCGACAAAGUCAGGUCGAAGUACUGGAAAGAGAACUCGACUCGUUGAAGAGGCGAAAGAGGCAGCUUUCGGGAGAACUUUCGACAAAUCUCAAUGUUAACGUUGACAAGUUGCGAUAUGAACUCGACGACAAGAACCGAAAAUUUUCGGAUAUAACACAACAAGUUCAGAUUAUUGCGCAGCAAAUUCGUAACUACGAGAACCAAACAUUCUCAAAUUUCCUCACCAAAUUUGGUUUAUCAGACAGUUCUACUUUUGAACAAAAAUAUAUUCAAGGACUUGAGAAUCUCUCUGAGAAAAGGAACAAGUUAGACACACAAAAAGUAAAACUUUCCAGGCGUCUGGAGUACGAAAAUGAUUCACUCCGAGCAGCCCAAGAACGUUUGAAAAUUUUAAGUGCUGAGAUAAGUUCAACUGAAGAAUCAAGCCUAUCCAUUUUACAAGAAGAGGAGUCAGCCAGGAAGCAACUAGAGCAACUUGAAAGAGAAGUUGUCAGUCUUCGUGCGACUUUGCAAAAUCUGUCCUCAUCAUUUGAGCAAGAAAAUGAGAGAAGUAGGAAUUUGAGAAAACAGCUCAUAGGUAUUCAAGAACAGAUCAAUUUGUCUGAGAAACAGCUGGGUAACAAACAAGAGGAAUUCAACGAACUAAAACUUGCACGUUCGGAGUUGCUGCGCAGUUGCUUGUUGAAUGAAACUUCGAUACCUUUAAAAGAUAAUCGUAUAUUAACUGAUGACGAUGCUAUUCCCGAAGACGAUGAGUUGGACUUUGAUAAUCUGAGUAGAAGAUAUCGUGACUGCAAGACCGAUGAUGAUUUUGCAAAGGUUAUCAACGAAAUGGAGGAGAACGAGCAUCAGAUUGUUAGCGAAUUGGAUAAAAUUGCUCCCAAUCUACUUGCUAGUGAUAAGUUGCUGAGUGUUAAGACUCGAAUAGAAGAGGUUGUACAGAAAUACGAAGCAACAAGACAAGAGGCGAUGGAAGCGACUCGAAAGUUUCAAAAGAUUCGUGAAGAACGAAGGAAGCGUUUUCUUUCUUGUUUCAAUGUUGUUUCUGCGAACAUUGAUCGAGUAUACAAAGAACUUACACGAACUUCAGUUUCUCAAUUGGGUGGUACUGCUUAUUUAGCAUUAGAAAACUAUGAAGAGCCCUAUUUAUAUGGAAUUAAAUAUCAUGCGAUGCCUCCUGCUAAACGAUUUCGUGAUAUGGAACAAUUAAGCGGUGGAGAAAAGACCCUUGCUGCUCUUGCCUUGAUUUUUGCUAUACAGGCCUAUCGACCUUCUCCAUUUAUUGUACUUGACGAAGUAGAUGCUGCUUUAGAUCGCGAUAAUCUUGACAAGGUUGCAAGAUUUAUUUUACAACGGUCAAGAAUGAACUCGCCCAAAGAACAAUACGUUGUCAUUUCGUUGAAAGAUAAGUUCUAUGAAAUGGCAGAUUCCCUGAUUGGAAUCUAUCGUGAUAUGGAUAGGUCGUGUUCUGGUGUACUUUCCUUGGAUUUGAAUCAGUUCGGAGAAGCUGUCUUGCAAUAGUGCGUGCGUGCUCCUAACUUAAAAGACUUCUUUGUGACUGGAAACUACAAUAUUUGGAGUGCUCAUUGUUCAGAAUAGCAGUCAUUAUAUCACAGAUUGUUUUUCUUGGAAGA